GUUACAAUUCAUAUACGCCGACUUCUUUUCACGAGAACAUUGAUUCCCAAAACACUCAACUCCAACCUCAAACUGAAUUCACUACUAAAAAAAGUUCACGGAAAGGAAACUUUGGUGUAGAAGAAGACAACAUACUAGUAUCAGCUUGGCUCACUACUAGUAUGGAUGCAAUUCAUGGUAUUGAUCAAAAAGCCUCAAGGUUUUGGAUGAGGGUUCAUGCAGAGUAUGAUGAACAUAAGAAGUCUACAUUUUUUGAACGUUCUGUGAACUCUUUAACGAAUCGGUGGUCAACAAUCCAAGUUGCUACCAACAAGUUUUGUGGAUGCAUAGCUCAAAUUGAAGCAAGGCAUCCAAGUGGAGUUACCGAACUAGACAAGGUUUUUUGGUGGGAUGCAGGUAAAGGCUGUGCAGGAGGUUAUGAAUUGAUUGUCCAGCACAAGGAUUGGCUGAACAGAAUUUUGAAUUGAUUGUAGAUGGUCCAGCAUAAGAAAAGAGAAGGGACUUGGCAUUUUACUCUUUAAUCCAUGACUUGGAAGAGCUAUCUAAUCUUUGUAAUAACAAGAUACUGUUAUGACUUAUAAAGCAACCACAUGAAGAACUCGUAUAUCUUGUUUAGUUGAAAAGUGUUCAAUUUAUCUUUUCCAUAGUUCUUGAAAGUGCCAUAACUAA